AUGGAAAUCAGCGCCCCCAGUGCUCGACGACAACAAAUAGCUGAAUUUGAAAAACAAUCGAAAGAUACAUCACAAUUAACAGCAACAACGACCGAAACAGUUAAUAAACAUGGUGAACGAAUUAUAACAGCAACAACGAGGCGCACAGAUCAAACUGUUCAUUUACCAAAUAUACUACCGCGACGUGAAUAUCUUAGGCAUAUAGAACCACUUGGAUGGACUCGUACUCAACCCAAUGAUUUACCACAAUUAUCACCGCACGAUAUCACAACGCAUGCUAAAACAAUUGAUGCUCAUGCAUCAUGCGAUGGAGAAAAAACAAUUGUUAUAACAUGUUCAUUUACACGGCGUUCAGUUUCAUUGAAAGCUUAUAAAUUAACACCAACUGGCUAUGAUUGGGGUCGAUCAAAUACUGACCGUGGAAAUAAUUCGAAAGGAUAUGCACUGGCGCACUAUGAAAAAGUUCCAUUGUCAGUAUCCGAUCGUUUCUUGGGAUUCUUCGUGACACCAGAACAAGGUUCAUGGAAUUAUAAUUUCAUGGAUGUUAGUCAUGAUGCAGAUAUGAAAUACGAUUUAAUUUUAUCAAGCCCAAAAAAAUUUGAUGAUGAACUUCAUCAUUCAUCGCAUUUCAUGAACUUUUCGAAUGAAGAAAAUUCGGACACAUUUUCAACUGAUCGUGAAGAUCGAUUUAGUUGA